UGAAAGAACAAGAACAUGUAACAUUCCACAUCCACAAAAAGAAAAUAAACUUUCUUAUUCACCUCACCCAUCGCUUUCAUUAUCCUCGUUCCCAACCUCACCAUUCCCAUGAGACACCGUUCUUUUAAAUGCUCAAAUCUUUCACCAUUCCGAUAAAAUUCACUUAAGUAGUGGCUACAACAUUACAUAUACAAAGUCUUCUUACUACCAUAAAUUACAUCUCACUCUCACUAACUUCUCUACACCAGCAAAUGUCGACCGCUCCUCUCUCCGGCUUCUUCAUCACCUCUCUUUCCCCUUCUCAAUCUUCUCUCCAGAAAAUCUCUCUUCGUUCUUCUCCCACCGUCGCAUGUCUUCCAUCCUCCUCUUCUUCCUCCUCUUCCUCCUCCCGUUCCGUUCCAACCCUUAUCCGUAACGAGCCCGUUCUCGCUGCUCCUGCUCCUAUCAUCACCCCUUACUGGAGCGAAGAGAUGGGUAGCGAAUCAUACCAAGAGGCCAUUGAAGCUCUCAAGAAACUUCUCAUCGAGAAGGAAGAGCUAAAGACGGUAGCGGCCGCUAAGGUGGAGCAGAUCACGGCAGAACUUAAGACAGGUGCUUCCUCCGACAAGAAAGCUUUCGACCCGGUCGAAAACAUUAAGCAAGGCUUCAUCACUUUCAAGAAGGAGAAAUACGAAACCAAUCCUGCUUUGUACGGUGAGCUCGCCAAGGGUCAAAGCCCUAAGUACAUGGUGUUUGCUUGUUCAGACUCACGUGUGUGUCCGUCGCACGUUCUCAACUUCCAGCCAGGAGAUGCCUUCGUCGUCCGUAACAUAGCCAACAUGGUUCCUCCUUUUGACAAGGUCAAAUACGGUGGAGUUGGAGCAGCCAUUGAAUACGCUGUUUUGCACCUUAAGGUGGAGAACAUUGUGGUGAUAGGACACAGUGCUUGUGGUGGGAUCAAGGGACUUAUGUCUUUCCCCUUAGAUGGAAACAACUCUACUGAUUUCAUAGAGGACUGGGUCAAAAUCUGUUUACCAGCCAAGUCAAAGGUCAAAUCAGAAGUUGGAGAUUCAGCCUUUGAGGACCAAUGUAGCCGAUGUGAAAGGGAGGCAGUGAAUGUUUCACUAGCAAACUUAUUGACAUAUCCAUUUGUGAGAGAAGGACUUGUAAAGGGAACACUUGCUUUGAAGGGAGGCUACUAUGACUUUAUUAAGGGUGCUUUUGAGCUUUGGGGACUUGAGUUUGGCCUCUCCGAAACUAGCUCUGUUAAAGAUGUGGCUACCAUACUACAUUGGAAGCUGUAGGAACUCUUUGAAGCCUUUGCUUUGUCCCAUUCACAUGGAAAUGUCACUCAUUAUGAAAAAAAAACCAUUCGCAUUUUAUUUAAUAAUUAAAAAAUGAAUAUCUCUA